GCCCUCGCGGCGGCCGAGGCCGCCGCUGCCGCCGAGCAGCAGCGGGCCGCGGAGGACGCCGCGCGGCGGCUGCGCGCGCGCGCGGACGCGGCCGCGGCGCUCCCGCCGGAGCCUGCGGCGUCGGAGCCGCACGCCUCGUGCGCGUUCCGGCUGCCGGACGGCGCGCGGUUGCAGCGGCGGUUCAGGCCGGGGGACCCCUUGACUGCGCUCUUCGAUUUUGUGGACAGCCAGGGCGCGGGCGGGCUGUGGCCGGGGGAGUAUCGCUUGGUGUCGUCCUACCCGCGCCGCGUCAUAGAGCCGCCGCAGGCGGUUGGCAGCAGCGGGAGCGACGGCGGCAGCGGCGGCGGCGGCGGAAGCUUGACGCUCGAGGGGAGCGGGCUGGGGGCGGGGGCGCAGGUGGCGCUGCUGCUUGAGCCGAUCGGCGCCGGCGGCGCGGGUUCGCCGUGA